AUGGCAUAUUCGGUCCGAUGGGGACAAACUAAAGGCCGACUGUCGGCAUCAGUCCGGAAUAUCGAUUCGAUGCGCCGUCAUCUUUCUCAACGCCGGUCUUUAUUGGCUACGAAUCCUGUUCGUCGACGACACCACAUCGCACAACACAUUGGCGCUAGAUUCUUCUCUAGACACUACGCACCGUCCGCACAGCCAGAAACGCCCGAUGAUCUAAAAACAACGAUCGAUAAUAUCCUUCUGAAGACGGAGUUUGAAACCAAGAGGGAUAUUAGAGAAUAUUUACGCAAAUGGCAGGAGCAGAACUUGACUUAUCAAGACCCAGUCCGGGGUCCGGGUACCUCGAACGCGAAUUUACCGCAGUCUAUAAAAUGGACUGGAAACAUGCUUAACGAUGGCCAAGCUGUCUAUGAGGAUGCCGUUGAACAGACUCAUAAUAGCUUGAAUGAAGCCGUGGACUUGAAUAUUAAUACAGACGACAACUACGAGGUUGCGGAUAUACUAGAGCCGGGCGAUCUAGUUGGAUUUUAUUCUGGGACCACUAUGGCAACGCCUGCAGUAUACAUACGAUCGGUUGAGAGACAAAAACAAUAUUAUACGCUUAGAGGGAAGUGGCGAGUCGCAUCAGAUAAAGACAUCGACAUCGUGAUCAAAAACUUCGCACCCAAGGAACUGACCGAUGCACUGAUCCCUUACCUUCCUGAUACAGCGGUUACGCCGGACAUCAAUAUACAACAAAUAAGCGAAGGAGGAGUCCCUCGCUCUGCUUCAGCACCUCUUAUGGCUAUGCUUCAACAGUUUUCCGAGGCAGAGAAGAAACUUUACAGAGAUAACGCCAAACGACUCGACAAUUUGUAUGCCUUAAUCGCUUCUCCAGAUAAGCGUGUUGUAUAUACUCUUCCGGAAAUCGCGGCAAAAGCCCUUGAUAUCAGCAUAGAUGAUGUGACCCCAGAAGCACUUUUCAUGACACAAAAGGCUAUUCAACAGUCACCCUUCCUUAUUCUCGCUGACCGCUCGUCUAUAUUCUCUGAUCGAUACUUGGUGCGGCCGAAAAGCUUCGCAGACUGUUUCAACACUGUGAUAGGGUGGGUUCGCGAACACGAAGAUCAUCUAUGCCGGAUUGCCCUAUACCAACCAUCCGAUUUCAAAGGCCACCCACUGCAGAAGUUUCUCCAAAAGGCUCAGAAAUUAAUUUUGCAGAGUCGGAGUAUCAGAUCUCCAACAACUAUGUCCAGUGUUGGCCCGUCUGCUCAGCAGUUCGAAGCGGAUAGUUUGCCCGACGGACGGGCCUACCAAAAGGUGGUCACGGAGCAGUUUGAUCAUUCGGAUAAAAUCAUCCUUGAGUAUCUCAUACAUUUCUCAAUCCCACCGCAUCGGAUCAAUGAGACCUCGGCGAGAUACGCUGCUAUUCACAUUAUGCGGUCAACGGGCUUGUACACGGCUAUAGAGCUUCAACGCGGGGCAAUUCCACUCUUGUUACAGGAGCUAGGUAUAUUCCCUGCUUGGGAAAACAUAUAUGCCUUGGAUCACCUACUGGCUCUCCCAGGCCAUAACAUUGAUACGGACGCUGAAAAGAUGAUGGAAGCUGCGCAAAUCGCUGCCAGCGAUCCCCAUAAAUACCAAAAUGAUACAAUGGCAGAUAUGAGAGUCGACUGGGGAGACUUACCUAUUUACUGUAUCGACGACCCAGGUGCAAAGGAAAUUGACGACGGUAUUUCUUUAGAACCUGUCGCCGGAACGGACGACACAUUUUGGCUUCGUGUGCACAUUGCAAACCCCACCGCGUUUUUACCACCGCAUGAUGACCCUAUUUCUGAAAAUGCAGCCAGACGUCUGACGACUGUUUAUCUUCCUGAGAGGCACUAUCCCAUGCUCCCGUCUAAUUUUACGACUCAAUCUUUCAGUCUUGCUCCUAAUCGCCCUACCCUUACGAUCUCAGCCAAAGUCAAUACAAACGGUGAUGUCUUGGAAGCAGAUAUCACGAAUGGAUUGGCACGAAAUGUCAUUUACCUAACUCAUACCGGCUUGCGAAACACCCUUGAUGGUCACACGAAGGGAUCUCAGACAUACAUAGUCGGCAAAGAGCCCCCUUCGGAUUAUCUCGAGAAAGUAAUUUCAGAAUCUCCUGCAUUUACCGAAGAGCAAACCAAGACUUUCAACAUCAUGCAAAAAAUCAUGACGCAAAUCAAUACCAAAUGGAGAGAAAACGGUGGCCUGACCUGGCCUGACAGCAUGGGUCAACAGAACCUAUCCAUCUAUAGCGGCAAACCCAUCCCGCCAUUUUCGGUGCAUCCAGACAAACUGGAGUGGGAAGGCGGUUAUUUUCAGGGUGAUCCUAGCAUACUCCUCCCAGUCAGCGACAUAGACCCUUACGACGUUCCCAAUCUAAGCCGAAAGAAUCUCGUGGCACUAGUAAUGAGAUUUGCAUGCCACAUUGCCGGACGAUGGAGCGCAGAUCGAAACAUCCCCUUGGUAUACGACGGAACCUACUUUCACCCUGAAUAUCCACCAUUAACACCAGAAAAACUCAAAAACUUCACUGCAAACGAUUGGCUCCGCUUCGCACCUCCCAAAGGGUACAGUUCCUCCAGCGUCCUGCCGCACGGCGGUCUAGGCGUCGACGCCUACACAAAAGUAACCAGUCCCCUGCGCCGAUACAGCGAUAUGGUAGCCCACUACCAGAUCGAAGCCGCUCUACGCUACGAAAGGACACACAACAAGAAAUUCAACAGCACAGAGCCCGAUGCCGCUGCUUCAUUACCUUUCUCCACGGACAAAGUUGACCUCAUUCUUGAGAAUAUGAAAGCCCAGUACCCACUUAUAAAAUCCGUGCAAACCCUCUCACAAACGUUUUGGGUGUGCCAAUUCCUCUUCCGCGCUUUCUAUUUUGGGGAAUGUGAAGACUUGCCCGAGACUUUCCCUUGUUUGGUACGACAGCAGAUUCAGGGUAGUUCAUCUACGGAUUCGAAUUAUGUGAGAGCGUAUGCGGCGGAUAAUCUUCCCUUUGGUAUUAGAGUACAGCUCUUUGUGACUGAGGAAUUCCGUGAUUUGGAUACUCUGAGUACGGUGGAAGCAAAGAUCGUCGCUGUUAAUAUGGCGAAGCAUGUUGUUGAGAUGGAGGUUGUGAGGAAAGUGAAGGGUUGGGAGAGGACCGGUGAUUGGGCUUAGUCCACAAUCAAGAUGUAUUAUAUUAUAGGCAUGUAUAUUAUUAUGUAGUUCAUCUCCCUUAAAUAUGAACGACAUCCUCAAUCGG